CCUUAUGUAGCAGCCAAUCUGACGACAUUCAGAAAUGAACAACAUGCGAUUCAUACGAUCAAGAAAUUAAUGAGAAAAAGAAAGAAAUUGCCAGUUGGUGAUGGAAUGAACUUCAACGUUGGAAUGGCUCUACUGACAGCACACGAAUUGCUGCAGAGAGAGGCUCGUGCACACCAACCUGCAAUGGUUAUACUCUUCUCAGCAACCGAUGUGACUUGCCGUCCGCUCAUUAAAAACGGUCGACAACACAAACAGCGAUAUGGCUAUGAUGAUCCAUGUCAAGUGAGUGUACUGCUGAAUGAGGAAAACAACGUGCUGGCAACAGUUGGCUUUAAAUUCGGUGGUGUUGGAUAUUAUCCGAAGAUCGAAAUCGCCAAACAUUGCUACGCUAUCAACAACACAAUCAAUCUGUCAUCGGAUUUGAAACAUCUCAUUUGCCAAGCCAAUUGCUUCUGUCCACCGCCGUACGUUCAAUACAAGAAUACAGAGCAAUGUGUAAACUAUCGAGAAUGUGUUUUCGCUCAUGCUAUAGCUUUGCCGCAUGAAGAGGCUACAAGGACGUGCCAGGAUGAUGAAGCCGAACUGGUCAACAUUUUCGAUGCACUAAAACAACAGUUCGUCGAUGAUUUGCACCAAGAUAGCAAUUAUAUUCCAUAUUGGAUAGGCCUAAAUCAAGUCAACGGCGAAAUGUGCUGGCCGCUGGGUGAAAAAGUAGUUUCAUUUUUUAAAAAUUUAUUCUCUUCUCUUCCUGAAGAUGAUUCUGAUGAUUCAGCUGUUGUUUCGCUUUCUGCACAAAGUUUCUCACUUUGGAACGAUACGCUCAAUGUGAACGGACAAGUUUGUGUAAUUGCCAAAGUGGGCGCUGAUGGUAAGACCAGCUGGGUACCGAGUGAGUGCACGAAAUACAACGCAAACUACUUCUCAUGUCAAAAAUCGACGUGUGAUACGGAUAAUGGUUGUGUGGUAAGAGAGGAGAACUACGAUGACAGUUACGAGGACUAUUAUGGCUCCGAUGAAAGUUCGGAGGAGGACGAGGACGACAACGAGAACGGGAAGACUAGAGUGAAAUGA